UUUGUUAGAUGGUGGUGACUUGCUGCCGGGAACAUUAUAUCAUAACAAAAAAUAUGUAAAUUGUUAUAAAGUGCUAAAUUAAUACUUCAAUUUUAAUAGCAGUAAAGAAUGAUGUAAAAGUAAUCGCAAGAAUUGGCUGCCAUUCAGUAUACGGUUUCUAAAUACUAACAAUCAAAAUAAACUUAAUGUUAUUUAUGUAGAUCAUUGUUCGUAGUGUGAUUGAUGUGAAGUUUGUUUAAUAAUUAGACUUCAGCUAUUGACAAACAUGUACAUACAUAUUAUUUCGUACGCCAAAAAAUAUUCUACAUAAAUAUGUGUACUGAAACAUACAAGUGAAGCAACGUAAAUCUAAACCAAAGCUAACUACAUUAUCCAAUUGAUAGUGUUUAUUUUCAAUUAUUUGUUUGUUGUGCACUUAUAUUCGCGGCUAUGAACAAGAGUUUUGAAAACCUUUUACAAAGUGGCGGCGGCGACAUGUCCUCCGAACGCCAAUCGUCGGAAGAUGUGCACGAAUCGACAGCUGAGGAUGCAGGCUUGGAUGCGGGUGAUGAUUUUACCGAUGACACUAACUUCGAAUCGAAUCUGCGUAGACGCAAGGGCAAAAUUAUAUCUUGUGCCAAGGAAACGAUCGAAAAUGCGUCCCGUCAAUUACGUCGAAAAGUUCCAUAUGCUGGGCAUUUAAUGACGCCGCGUCGCCUUUGGUUGAAUAAAAUACCGACACAAUGUGAUGUUGUCAUCGAGUUUCCAGAAGAUGCGCCUGACGAGGCUCUUCGUUGGCUUCUCUCACGAUUGCGUUCUCAACCACCAUCGGGGCUUGGAUUGGUUGUACAAGUGAAGGCUCACGAGAGUACACGUCGGAAUGCUUUCUACAUUAGUGCACCAACGAAUGUACUAUUUAAAGCCGCCGAAGAAGCACGAUUACCGAAACGCUUACGUCCAGACCUAGGUGGUGCCUUACGUGAAUUCACAACACGUGAAAGUCAUUGUUUUCAGCAACUGCGGACCGAAGAUGGAAGCAGUGCACUUUUCACCUCACAAGAACGGCAAUGGCUGGUGCUGCAGGUACUGCAAGGCCUCCGUGCCAGCCAGGCGGAUAUCGAAGCCCUACAGGGCCGCGCAGCCGUAGCCGAAGGGCAAAGCAUUGUUGCAGCCUGGCAAGAAACUGGUCUAAUUGUGCAGGUUUUUCCGUUACAUGAAACCCGCUCUCUGGCGCUGCUACAAAACAGUUGGGUAAAACAGAUUUUCGCCCCUCAACCACUUGAUGAUAUAGCUGAAUAUUUUGGUGUGAAAGUAGCACUUUACUUUGCGUGGCUGGGCCAUUACACCUGCGCUUUAGGCGUGCCAGCUGUCUUUGGCAUGAUAUUGUAUGCAGCUCUCUGGGGAAAAGGACAAACAGCGCAAGAUAUGGGACACGUUCUAUUUUCACUCUUUAACGUAGCGUGGGCUUCAUUAUAUUUAGAGGCGUGGAAGCGGUAUUCUGUUGAACUCGCCUUUCGUUGGGGGACCUUAUCGACACCCCCUGAACUACUUGAACCGCCUAGACCACUCUAUAAGGGUAUUUUAGUAGAAAAUAAUGUAACUGGUCGACUUGAACCAAGAGAAGCACCAGCGUGGAAGCGUCGCGUUUUUCGAUAUCUAGUCAGUUUUCCAGUGAUCGGAAUGUGCCUCGCGCUUGUUUUUGUUGUAAUGUUUCUGAUGCUACGAUUCCAGGAUUGGCUGGAUCAUAAUAACAUACCUGAUAGUGGAAUUGCUCAAUGCAUGUAUAAUUUGCACAAGGAUUGGUGGGACUCUAAAUUGCCGGAAGAAAGCAUUCUAUGCUGUUUCAGUGUAAUACCAAAGGUCUUAUUAGCUGGGGCAAUAACAUUAAUGGAUGAGGCUUAUUAUAAAUUGGCUGUCUGGCUUAAUGAUCACGAAAACUAUCGUCUUCAAUCGAAAUACGAAAACCAUCUUAUUGCAAAAGUGGCUCUUUUUCAGUUCGUCAACUCAUUUUUGUCCUUAUUCUAUAUUGCUUUCUAUCUUCGAGAUGAGGAUAAGCUGAAGGAGCAAUUGGCCGGAUUGUUAAUUUCACGACAAAUAAUUGGCAACCUUCGAGAGUCAGCAAUACCUUACUUCAUUGAACAAUGGAAACUAGCUAAAUUAAGCUUUAAUAUGUGGGGUGCGCUUAGCCCAACACAGGAUAUCAACCGAACCAUAAUGGAUUCAGGUGUUUCAACGACCACAUCGACAGCAUCCACUACCACUGGAAAAAUGAAAGUGGAAACACCACAACAAACACCUACGAAACAUGACUCCAAUAACCCAUUGGUAAGGACUACAGCUUCAGCAUGUAAACGGAAUAUCGGACAAGCAGAGAUCGAAAGUACCCUUUACAAGUACGAUGGGACAUUUUCCGAUCAUUUAGAGAUGCUGGUGCAGAUGGGUUAUGUAGUACUUUUCUCUGCUGCUUUUCCAUUGGCCGGUAUAUGUGCGCUCGUCAAUAACUUGAUGGAGAUACGUUCGGAUGCCUUCAAAUUGGCCCACGUUCACCAAAGGCCAUUCGGUCAGCGUGUGGCUAAUAUUGGUACCUGGCAAAAUGCGUUUAGUAUUUUGUCGUUGGCUGCAGUCAUUGUCAACUGUGCGUUGAUUGGCUUAUCCGGACAAGUUUCACGUUUAUGGCCUGGACUAACAACUGCUCAAACAAUAAUUUUGAUUGUUACCUUAGAGCACAUUAUGUUAGGAUUGCGUUCUGCGCUCACAUGGUUGCUACCUGAAUUGCCGUCGUGGUUGGCAGCGGAAAUCGCACGUGCCGAACAUUGUCGCAGAGAGAUGCAAUGUAAGGGAACUUCACCACGACCCACACCACCGACACCUCCAUCGACUACUUCCACACAGCCAGACCAGGAUGCCUUAAUUUUAGAAGGCACAACCACUAAUGAUCAAUCAAUGGAGAGUCAAGUCGCUGAGGAUAUUUUAUACCAAGAGCAAUUGCGGCAAAGCUCAAACUAUCCGCAAAUGGAUGAAAUAGUCAAUUUCGGCCUACAACGCAAUAUUGAAGCAGAUGUGAAUAUAUUUGAGAAUCGUGAUUCUUCGCCAGACUCACCCCCUUCACAAACUAGUACUAUAUUGAUAAGACCUUUACAUGAAUCAACACCACCAAACAGUGGUUCAUCUGUGACGAGCUUAAUUCAGGAGACUGGGCACGGACACGGCAGCGCAUGUAAAAGUUGUAAGCUGAAAAUGAAAAAAACGGAAAUACCCCCAUUUCAUGGAUAUUCAAUUCGUAAUUUAAGCUCAAUUCAAGCUAAUCAAAGAUUGCACGCUUUUUCAGGAGUUUCUUUAAGCAGUGCAAGCACUCUGGCAUUAAAUACUAUCCGUCAGCCUAUACAUAUACCAGAAAUACCGCCUUUCCGGAAAAAAUCAAGUGACUCAGCUGAUCAAACUGGUAGCAGUGCGAGCAGUAGUCCGCAGCGCUCCAGACAUCCGCUUAUUUCGACACCUCCACCCAUGUUACAGCAUCAACCCACAAAAAUACCGGAGAUACCACCUUAUAAACAGCGCAAAAUCUCGGCAGAAAGUGCCACACAUAUAAAUAUGAGUGAUAAGCUUAUGCUUAAGGCACACGCACCCGAGUGGAUGUCCCGCUUGAAAGUCAGCGAUAAUAUAAACUUGCAUAGGAGUAUUGAUUGUAUUGCCAAGGAGUUACAAAGUAAUACAGACACAACGGAUAUCUUAAAGCCAGCACCAUCCUGGAGUAAUGUAGCCAUAAAAUCGCCAACCCAACAGCAAGUAGCUGCCUCCUCAUCAUCUUCAUCGGCUGGUGGUGGCAGUUCUGGCAGUGCUGGCGGCAUCGGGACAGCCGUUAACAUUUUUGGGCGAACAGUAGACGGUGGGCGGCCUAGUGUUGGUGGCAUCUCAACUACGUCGACGUCAUCGAUGCAACUUAAAAAACUUACUGACAAUGUCAAAAAUCCAACAACAGCAGAGAUAGUCGCAGGGAAAGGGAGCACAGGCAGCACAACACAAAGCGGCAGCACAGACGAGGAAGCUAAAGCAGCGGAGAUUGCAGCAAAAAAAUCACGCUUAAAGCAAAAGCUUGUAAAAAGCGCACGAUCUGUUGGUAUAUUUUCGCUGAAAUUGAAAGAGCGGCGACAACGUGAAGCCGAGAAGGCGGCAACUAUAGCCAUUGAACAUGCUAAGGCUCUGGCUAAAUUGCCUCCCAUACCGCAACCAGGCGGCGAACUAUCUCUCAUACCUAUUGAACAGCUAAUACAAAUCGAAGAUAUAAAACCAACACCAAAAGCACAACCCACCACAACAACAGUAACAGCAGCGACAAGUUUGUCCACUGCUGUGACUUCACCACAAGUAAUGACACCCUCAUCGAGCGCACUGGCGGCGGCGAUGCAGCAAUUUCAAAGUUCGGGAAACUACUGAAUAAGAACACAGGGAUACGAUCUCAAUCCUACAUACAUACAUACAUACAAGUAAAUAUAAGAUGCACACGGAACAUUUUGUCAUGUACUUACAUACAACUGUAAAUAUCUAAGAAUACGAAUACAAACAAAUUCAUAAAAAUACAUGCAUAUUACAUUUAUAUAAAAGUAUAUUAAAAUCUGCAAAAAUGGCAAAUCACUAUACACACACUAUACAAAAGAAAUACAUAUUUCCAAAAUAUGCGCAAGAUGCUAAACUUUCGUAAAAUGUAGUGUAUAAUACCCAUACGUAUGCACUAUAUAUUUAAAAAAAUCAUGUAACUACCAUUUAUGCAUAUGGGUACAUAGGUAGUUGAUAUCGAAAAAAGCAAAAUUAGUUUGAAUGUGAUAACUAAAAAACUCAUUCUCGUACACAUAUAAACUUCAAAUUCAUAGGAUAACUUCGCGAUUUCAAAGAAUUUGUUUUAUUCAAUUUAUGAUGUUUAAAAAAUGGUGUUUUCAUAAUUCACGCAUCCUCUUCUUAUAGCCCUGACAUACGAGCAAAAUUAAUGCGACUUAAGCAACGCUAAUGCGCAUUGCAAUUUUAUGGUGACAGACGGCAGACUUGUGCAU